AUGAGUGUGUUGGAAGUGAAGUUCAUUGGAGAUGGAGACGCUCUGGAGCACAUCGUGGACAAGCAGGAGGGUAUGGAGAGCUUCUCUAUUAUUUCAUUUCUCACAUUUACAUGUUUGUGUUCGUGAGCAGGUGUUAAUCCAACAACCCGUGUGUUUCUGUUUAUCACCUAUCAGCUGUGCAGAGUAACAGCGGAGCUGUCCAGAAGAUGGUAAAGUUCAAGAGCCCAGCUGGAAGACGAGUCACAGGGGAUGAAGACCGUGAUGGAGAUGAAGAUGGACACGUUAAUGAGCAGAACUACAUCCAGGCUCUAGGAACAGACAAUGCAGAGGGUAAUUGCUUUGUAGCCUGAAGCAGUUUCACAGCUUUUUUUUACUAGUGAUUUAGGACAAUUUGUAUCUCUCCUGCUAACUUGGUCCCAUAAAACUUGAACUCACUUUUAUUUAUUGUAUAACUGAAGUUUUUAAUGCAGGGUUGCCAUGUCAUUAUUGUAAAACGACUCUGUUAUCAUCUGUCUUUUAUAGGUAAUUUUAUCUGUUGAUGUCAAUUUCAGCUCACUUGUUGUUUUUGGCCAAUUAAUGUUUUCACACCCAUAUCUUGAUGUUACUUGGCUCUGCAGAGGAUGAAGAAGGUUUGUCGAGAGUGGCUGGAUCGUCUAUUUUCACCUUUCAGAAAGUAAGACGAGGGCACAGCAUGGCCCAGACUGGUGAGAACCUCCAUCCACUUCACAUAUGUGGACCAGCUAUCAUGGAUUUGUGAAAUUAGCUGUAUUAACAAGUUGAUUAACUCUGUUGUCGGGUUAUCUCAUGUUUCGACGUUUUGAUUAUAGCAAGUGAGCUGGCUCGUACACCUGCAAAAAGUGUUACCUUCAGCACAACCCCCAAUGCUGAACCAUGCACUCCCACUCGCCCAGGCCGCAGUGAGUUCAACAAAGUAUUUUUUAUAUUUCCAAUUUCAUUCACAUCAAACUAAAUCUGUCGUUUCUCUUUGUGAGCAGACAACAGAGGUGGAAGCAGGACACCACAGAGGGUGAGACAAGGAAAAAUUUGUAUCACUGACUUAUUAUAUUCAUUUUGCACCCAGCAACCUUUUCAAUAAGUGUUGCAGUGUAAGUGUCCUCAGUUUUCCCUCUUCUUUUUGUUUAACAGAGCAAGAAGGCUCAGUUUGUUUCCACCACCCCCCACAGGCUGAGGAAGAGGAUGACAAGUGAGUUUAAGCUCUCAUAAAGGAUACCAGCACCUAAAGUUGGACUGGAUCUGUGAUGAAAAUCUUUCAAUAUUUCAGCUCCGAGCUUACGGUCAGACAGUGAUAGUGAGCUGUCCCCUUCUGACUCUGGAGAGGAUGAAGAAGAGGAGGAUGGAAUCGAGGAAGAGCAGAAAGUGAAAAAAGAGGACAAAGAGAACUUCAAGACUCCAGUAAAGAGCAGUAAAAGUUUAUCUGCAGCUCUGUAUAAGACUCCUGCCAAGAAAAGUAAAUCCUCUGAAGCCCCAAACCAGCCCAGUAUGGUGGAGGAGUAUUUUGAAGCUCAUGGCAACUCAAAGGUCCUGACGUCAGACCGCACUCUGGAGCGUUUACACACUCCCAAACUGGACAGGGUCAGUAAAUGACAGCCAGGGUUGUGACUGUGUUCACUGAUCUGUUAUCAUGAUGUUGAAGUUACUCUUUUCUAUUUAUCUGCAGGAGACGCUGGUCCAGCUGUUAGAGGAUAAACCGUCCUGCUUCAAGAAAGAGAUCCAGCAACUCCACAACAAACAUAAGAAGCACUUUAACAAAUGGAUGUUACAGUUACAGUGAGUGAAGUCUUUCGAUUUAUGAUUUUCUUCUGUCAGUUUAGAAAUUUUAGCAAAUUACAGAGUAUGUCUGUUUUUAUGUGUAGGUUGGGAUUCAGCGUACUGGUCUACGGUUUGGGCAGCAAAAGGUCUCUCCUGGAGGACUUCCGUGCUUCUCACUUGGCCCAAGAAAUUCACCUCGUGGUCAACGGAUUCUUCCCUUCCAUUACUCUGAAAUCAGUCAGUAUACAUUCAUGGUUCCUUCAAUCCUUCAAAUGUCUGGGGUUUUGUAUAGAAGUUUUGAGUUUGUGUCGCAUGGACUUACUGAGUUAGAAGUGCAUAAAAAACACUCUACUGGACCCGAAAAACUCUCAAAAUUUACUACGCGCAACUCCAUGACUCCGCCUUGCAUAGUCGUGUCCUCUUUUUGGGGAUUCAGAAUAUGGUCACCCUAAUCUAUGUACCUACUACAUCUGUUGUAGGUAGGUAUAGUAUGUACUAUAUCUCAUUCUUUUGUGCCAUGGGGCUCAAUUUCUCUCCAUUAAACUAUUUUAAGAAACUCAUCUAAAAGCCACACCUUCAAUGAAGAAAUCAGAGAGUCCGUUUAUAUUCACUAAAAACAAAACCUAUGCAGGUUUCCUUGAAUAAGAUGACUCAACAAAGCCUGAAGUAAGGCUAGCUUGACAGAUAGAAUGAGAAAAAAUGAUUAAUAUAUAAAAGUUUUCUCACCAGCCAUGUUUUUGGUACACUUUGCCAGCACCGAGUUGGACUCAGUUUUGCUUUCAGAACUGCCUAGUUUUUGUGCACAUCCAUGAUCCAAAUAACCCGUUCCUCCGCAUCCCAAAGGAGCUCUAUUGGACCGAGAUCUGGUGACUGUGGAGCCCACUGGAGUACAGUGAGCUCAUUGUCAUGUUCAAGAAACCAGUUUGAGAUAAUUCGUGACAUGGUGCAUCAUCAUGCCGAAGGUAGCCAUGAGAAGAUGAGUACACCAUGGUCAUAAAAGGAUAGACAUGGUGAGCAACAUGACCCAGGAAGGCUGUGGCAGUUAAACGAUGCUCAGUUGGUACCAAGGGGCCCAAAGUGUACCAAAAAAUAUCCCCUACACCAUUACACCACCAGCAGUCUGAACCUUUGAUACAUAGCAGGAUAGAUCCAUACUUUUCAUGUUGUUUACACCAAAUUCUGACCCACUUACCUGAAAUCCAGACUCAUCAGACCAGGUGCCCAAUUUUUCUGUUGUCCAGCUUUGGUGAGCCUGUGUGAACUGUAGCCUCAGUUUUCUGGUCUCAGCUGACAGGAGAGGUACCUGGUGUGGUCUACUGCUGCUGUAGUCCAUCAGCUUCAAGGUUGGACGUGUAAUACAUUCGGAGAUGGUAUUCUGCAUAUCAUUGUGGUUGUAGAGAGCAGAUAUUUGACUUACUGUUUCUUUUCUAUCAUCUCAAACCAGUUGGCUCAUUCUCCUCUGACAUUAACAAGGCAUUUUCACCCACACAACUGCUGCACUCUCGAUAUUUCCUCUUUUGGGACCAUUCUCUGUUAACCCUAGAGAUGGUUGUGUGUGGAAAUCCCAGUAGAUCAGCUGUGUCUGAAAUACUCAGACCAGCCUGUCUGGCACCAGCAACCAUGCCACCUCCAAAGUCACUUAAAUCCCCUUCCUUCCCCAUUCUGAUGCUCAAUUUGAACUUCAGCAAGUCGCCAUGACCAUGUCUACAUACCUAAAUGCAUUGAUCUGCUGAUUAGCUAUUGAACAGGUGUACCCAAGAAGUGGCUGGUGAGUGCAGUUACUGGCACUGGUUACUGGGAAGCUGGCACUGCUCCAGGGAGGGAUGCUGAAGAAAAUUCACAGAUUAUACCACACUGCACAGUUUUAGUGAUACAGUUGUAUGUGCAGGACCUGCAGUUUAGUUUGAUACAUAUGAAGCAUAUGGAAGCAGUUUUAGCAUUUGGCAAAAUAUAUGUCAGAUUAGUGAAACAGUUCUCUAAAUUUUUGUUAAUGCCAAAAGUUUUAUUAGUUGUCUGUAUUUUUGUUGCUUAACCGGCUGCACAAAAGUGAGCCUGCAGGAUUCAACAGCAUCCAUGAAAACUUAAUGGAGUGCUAAUUUAUCGAGGAUCUGCUAAAAUUUAAAUCACAAAUUUGACCUGAAGCUAAACUGAGAAAGGGAAAGUCAAAGGGAAGGUCACCAUAUGAGCUGGUGGGCUCUGCAGUGGAAAUUUUACAGUCAGUGCUACUGUCACUGCGCAGCUGCAUUUAGUUAGUUUAUUAAUGUAAUGUAACCAUAUCUCCUCAGCUGAUGAUAAGCUGCCUGCAGGAAACGUUGUUCAGAAAUGACUACUAGAAAGAAGGCUCAAUGCAACUGGUUUAAAGUCAAAUCUCAGAACAUAGUCGUGUACUGGUCUGGUUAGGUUUGAGCGAGUCCCAAUAGUGAUUAAGCAAGUUCAAAUAGAGAUGACUGUGUGACAAGAAAAACUUAUUUAAAUCAUGACAGUCUCUCUGAUCUUGUACUUUUUGAAUGUCCCAUUUCUCAGUUUUACCAGUUACUCAAGAGUACAGUUACAGUCAAUCAGGUGGUGCUGUAGGUAAGGCACAAGAGAAGAGUGAAAACAGACCUGGAGGGAAAGACAUUGCAGUGGAGCUAAAGUAACACACUUGUCAAUCACUUCAUUUAUUGGCUAUUGGGGAAAGGCUUUGCUGAUACAAAUAAUUACCCAGAUGUUGACUAACAGUCACAAUUGUACUAAAAACAAAGUUGAAAUCUUCCCUAAAAACUGAACUUCCACUCGCUUUUGAGUAUCAAUGUCCAGAGAGUUGAACCCUUUUGUUUUAGGCUUCAUUUUAAAAACAAACCUUUAUGUUGAUUGCCAGUUCUGGAUAAUGAUCUUAGAUGGACGUAAGAACUUGAGGCUGAUAGACCUGUGUGAGGUGAAUAUGUUGUAAAGAGUUUUGGAGGUGGACUUUUUUUACUUUCACUGUUCACAGUGUUAUUGUUUUAAGAGAGAGAAUACCUUCAGCCACAGUAAGAGGUCCAGGUGGAAUUUCUUUAUUUUUUUUUUCACUCUCAUUUCAGAUCCUAAAUGCUCUAACAUGUGAAGUUUUAGAGCACCAGGGAAGUUUCCGGACACCCACAGAUCAGAUCCAGUACAUCGCUCAGACUUUUAAAGACAGUGAGUUAGUCAACAGAUGAUCAGUUGUCUUUUUUUUACGCUGGUGUUUGAUGUGUUUUAAACCUGAAGUUUGUUCUUACAGGACCAGACCUCCAUGUGUACCUGCUGAUCCACAAUAUUGAUGGCCCAAUGCUGCGGGGAGAAAAGACCCAGAGUGCACUUGGUUAUCUGGCUUCUCUACCCAACCUGCACUUAGUGGCUUCUUUAGACCACAUAAAUGCUCCUCUGGGUGAGUGUUGGUAAUAACGAGUUAAUUUAAUUGAAUGUAUCAUUGUAGCUCAACCUCCUCUGUGUGCUGGCAGUGUGGGACCAGUUCCAGCAGAGUCAGUUUAACUGGCUGUGGUGGGAGUGUGUGACGUUUCAGCACUAUACAGAGGAGACGUCAUAUGAAAACUCUCUCUUGGUGCAGCAGACCGGCGCUCUCGCUCUGUCCUCACUCACACACGUGCUGCGCAGCUUGACACCCAACGCAAGGUACCACAAACACACACAUCAGCUAUCAGAGCUGUUAUAAGGAUAAUGGUGGAGUUUUUUUUAUUCUGUGUCUUUUCAUUCUACAGAGGAAUAUUCAAACUGCUGGUGAACUUCCAGCUGGAAAACAAAGAUAAUCCUUCAUACACAGGUACUUAGAUACUCUAAACCUCCAGCUGCUGCAGAUUUUUACCUAAAUAUGACCAUACUUUGAAAUGAUGACACUGCUUUAUCACCUCAUGCAGGUCUGUCAUUCCAAGAUUUCUACCAGCGAUGUCGAGAGGCGUUCUUGGUAAACUCUGACCUCACGCUGAGGACUCAGCUGACUGAGUUCAGAGACCACAAAUUGAUAAGGACACGCAAGGUGGAGUCAUUUUUCUCUUUACAGCUCCUAAUCAUGCAGAGCCAUAUUUCUCUGCAGAACAAUGAGGCUGUCUUUGUUAUAAAUGAGAGCAGUCAAAAUGUCAACUAGCAGCUCACAUAACUGACCACGCUCUCUUCUGGGUGAAAGCAGCCCAUCCAGAUGAAUGGGGGUAAAUGAGGAUUAUGUGGUCUUCAGCAACUCGCCCAAACUGUUUGAAGCCAAAAUCUAAUGGCCUUUGAGAAACACACAUUAAUCAUAGUUUUUUUUUUACUAGCCGAUCACCGAUCAAAAAAGUCCUGAUUUAUUUGCUUGCCUUAUAGUGCAUUAUACUUGGACUUUUGGAGCCUUUUCUGAUGAACAUAACCAUUUGAAGACAUUUUCAUAUACAUAAUAGUUGACUGUAUUAAGAUACACCUGCAAGCCUCCUCUCUUCUCCUGACGCAUUUAUGGAAUUGGGAAGUUGUCUAUGAUUGCAUGAAGGAAAAAAACCCUAGUGUCUUUCCUCACUUAUAUAUAUUUUUAUGAUUCUCCAGGGUGUAGAUGGAGUGGAGUACUUGCUGGUCGCUGUGGAUACGAGCACUCUGAUGGAUUUCCUGGAAAACGAAGAGUGUGAAUGA